AUCCUCUCCGGGAUCAUGUCAGUGAAUGGAAAGAAAGUCCUUCACAUGGAUCGGAACUCCUACUAUGGAGGGGAAAGUGCAUCCAUUACUCCCCUGGAGGAUCUCUACAAAAGGUUUAAUCUACCAGGAACUCCACCAGAAUCUAUGGGGCGAGGAAGAGACUGGAACGUGGACCUCAUUCCCAAAUUCCUUAUGGCUAAUGGUCAGUUGGUAAAGAUGCUGCUCUACACAGAAGUUACUCGCUACUUGGACUUCAAGGUGAUCGAGGGGAGCUUCGUUUACAAGGGAGGCAAGAUCUACAAAGUCCCUUCCACUGAGGCAGAAGCCUUGGCAUCCAGCUUAAUGGGCUUGUUUGAGAAGCGCCGGUUCAGGAAGUUCCUCGUGUAUGUGGCCAACUUCGACGAGAACGAUCCCCGAACCUUCGAGGGCGUCGAUCCCAAGAAGACCACGAUGCGUGAUGUGUACAAGAAGUUUGACCUGGGGCAGGAUGUCAUAGACUUCACAGGCCAUGCCCUUGCACUCUACAGGACUGACGACUAUCUAGAUCAACCAUGCCAAGAAACAAUCAACAGGAUUAAGCUCUACAGUGAGUCCCUGGCUAGAUACGGUAAAAGCCCGUACCUUUAUCCCCUCUAUGGCCUUGGAGAGCUGCCCCAGGGAUUUGCCAGGCUAAGCGCUAUUUAUGGAGGCACCUACAUGCUGAACAAGCCCAUCGAAGAGAUUGUGAUAGAGAAUGGCAAAGUGGUCGGGGUGAAGUCUGAAGGGGAGGUUGCUCGCUGCAAACAGCUCAUCUGUGACCCCAGCUACGUCUCGGACCGCGUCACGAAGGUGGGCCAAGUGAUCCGGGUAAUCUGCAUCCUGAGCCACCCCAUCAAGAACACGAACGAUGCCAACUCCUGCCAGAUCAUCAUUCCACAGAACCAGGUCAACCGGAAAUCAGAUAUCUACGUCUGCAUGAUCUCCUCUGCACACAACGUGGCGGCGCAGGGGAAGUACAUCGCCAUCGCCAGCACCACUGUGGAAACCGCGGACCCAGAGAAGGAAAUCAAGCCGGCCUUGGACCUCUUGGAGCCCAUUGAGCAGAAGUUUGUCAGCAUCAGUGACCUGUUUGCACCGACCGACUUGGGAACCGAAAGCCAGAUCUUCAUCUCUCGCACCUACGACGCCACCACUCACUUCGAGACGACGUGCGACGACAUCAAAGAUAUUUAUAAGAGGAUGAUGGGAUCAGAGUUUGAUUUUGAAGAGAUGAAACGUAAGAAGAACGAUAUCUACGGGGAGGAGGAGCAGCAGUAAUGAGGAUCCCUGCAGGAGGAGAAGUUCAGACCGGCUCAUCUGAAUAUAUAAGGAACUUAAUGAACACUGUACGAAACUCAAUAUUGUAAGGCCUGCUUUUGUAAUCCCAUCUCUGAGAGAUUGAAGAGUACUGCACUGGUAAUGUUCCCCUUUUUUGGAUAUCAUGUGUUAAUUAUUUCAUUCUAGUAGGGCUGCUGUCCAGAAUCUGGCAAAUUACUGACUGAUUUAAUGACUAACCUGGGUAAGCAAAGGCAAACUGAACCUUGGGUUUGGUGGGUUUCUCUUUGCAGAUGUAGAUGUUGGUGCAGAUUGGAGAUAACUCAUUGACAGCUGUGUCUUACCAUGUCUUUUUAAUCAUUCGUAGCCAUCCUUCACAAUUAUGUGCUUCUGGUGAGCUAGUAGAUGUGACAGUUGUCACUCAAACCUGAUUAUCAAGGAAAAUAGAAACUGAGCACUCCAUCAUUGUGGACAGCAUCCCUAAAAAAGUCUUUCUCCCAUCGAUCUAACUCUGUGGCAAGUUGUAUUAUGGACAAAGCCCACAUCUAUUGUAGCAGCAAAUGUUGGCUUAGUUCUGGGCACAGAACUUAACCCUCCACUUCAAGCUUCUAAAACUGUUUACAUCGGUUGGGACACAGCUGUGCCUAAGGCUCCUUUGUGUUUUAAUCUUAAUAAAAUUGAGAGAACAAAUGACAGAGCAGGCAAGAUGUGGGAGUAUUUUCUGUAGCCUGGGGGCUUCUGGGCUGGACCAAACGGCGCUGCGGUAUCGGUAUGACAGAGCCUCUGCUCCUCGGGGCUCCUGAAGGCUCCAAAUGAUUUCUGUACUGCCAAGUAAAGCCAAAUUCUGGAAA